AUGGUGUAUCGGGUGUUAGGCUCGCCGUACGCAUUGGCGCUUCACCAGCACGUGGUGUACCUGCGCCUGCGUCGUCAGCCCUUCAAAGUUUACUGUCGAACCUUGACUACAACCCUGUUCUACGCCUUGCUGUUUCGCGCCCGCAAUGCCUUCUGCACAGUCACGCUGGAUGGCAAUUCCCAGCUGCAGCUGUGGCAGCUGAUAGAUGCCGUUGAGCGGUCUGGCGCGCAAAAACAGGGAGAGCCGUUUCUUGUAUUGAAAGAUACGCAUCCGAGUAUUCAUUUGGCAACUUGGGCCGUGCUUCUGUACGCGUCAUGGUGGUUGGCAAAGACAGGGGCGAUGUACCGCUGGAUCGACGGUGACAGUAUCGACGUUGUGGAGGGGUAUCUUCGCUACUUUCUCCUUAUCCCUGGUGUUGGUCUGCCCGGUGCGAUAGUGCGGCAGUUCCGACAGGCGAUGCAGCGACUAACGUCGGUCACGGGGGUGUCGAAGGAGACGGCGCCGUACAUGCGGGAACAUUUUCAGCGCCUCUGCGUAGCCCUUGAUGACCACUUCCAACAGCACCCGGACAUGCCGUUUAUUCUUGGAACGCCACAUCCCACAUUGGCGGAUGUUUCCAUGGGGGCGGCUUUCUCCGCCAACUUUUUGAUGGAUGACCCGCCCGCAUCCCUCGUGGUGCAGAAGUUUCCGCACCUGAACCGCUACCUGGAGCGGGUGACGGGGUGGCGCGGCGGCGUCUUCGUCGGGGAGGAGCACACCGAAGACCCGAGGGAGCGGGUAAGCCAGGUGCCGGGCACCUACGCCGACGUCGUCCCGGAGUCACUGACGGCUCUGUUUCAGCUCAUUGAGGAGGUGAUGCCCUUCAUGCUCUCACAGUGUGCAGCGUUUCACGCCUUCAUGGCGGGUGACGGGGUGCGUCACCUUAGAAGGGAGCCACUUGAGGAGCCGUGGCAGGGGUGCAGCGGCUACCUUGUCCCACAGAUGACCGAAAUUAAGUCCCUCAUGAUUAUUGACAGUGGCGUCUACACCGUACGAGCGCGGGCGCAGGACCUCGAGGUGGCCCUCUUGGCUGCCCGUGAGGUGGUGGGGGAUGACGUUGACGCUGACGAAGCGGAGCUGGGCGGAGGUGCGGGAACCCGUCUUAUGCAGAAGACGACCACAGCAGGUGACGCCUUACCGCCUGCCACAUCGCAGCCGCCGGCGAACACGACGGCUAACGCGGUUGCAUCGUCGCACACGUCUCUGGACGCCAGCGCCGCGUCAGACGGCGACGUUGAUGAUCCACUAGCGGAGGAUGCGGACUUUCACCGCGUCUUCACCACAGCCAAUCAUCGCCAACGUGGUCCCCUCCAACUACGGCGGGGUGCAAGUCCAUUGGGCCGUAUCACUGUGGAUUCUCGCCUCCACGCAAUUCGAAGCAUGUUGUGCAAGAUGCAUCACCCACACUACACGCUCUCCAGCGUCUUUCAUGGCCGCAAGAUGUUUGUGGCCGUUAUACCCGAAUACGAGGUGGCUCGCAAGCGGAAGGAAAUAAGACCUGGCGCCACUUAG